AGGAGCUACCACCGCCCCGGGAUCCUGGCGCGGGGAGCGGGUCGCCUACCGCGUCAUUCCGCCUCUUCCCUCGCAGAACGGGCCCCACUCUCUUAGAGUAGCCCUACCCAGCUCCAUGAAUGGAAAUCGGCCCCGCAGGACCUGUUGGGGCACAGCCCCUGCUCAUGGUGCCCAGACGACCUGGCUAUGGCACCAUGGGCAAACCCAUUAAGCUGCUGGCCAACUGCUUCCAGGUUGAAAUCCCCAAAAUUGAUGUCUAUCUGUAUGAAGUAGAUAUUAAACCAGACAAGUGUCCUAGGAGAGUAAACAGGGAAGUGGUUGACUCAAUGGUUCAGCAUUUUAAGGUAACAAUAUUUGGAGACCGGAGACCAGUUUAUGAUGGUAAAAGAAGCCUCUAUACGGCUAAUCCACUUCCUGUAGCAACUACUGGGGUGGAUUUGGAUGUUACAUUGCCUGGAGAAGGUGGAAAAGAUCGUCCUUUCAAGGUGUCAAUAAAAUUUGUGUCUCGGGUGAGCUGGCAUCUGCUGCAUGAAGUUCUGACAGGACGGGCUUUACCUGAGCCAAUAGAACUAGACAAACCAAUCAGCACUAACCCUGUUCAUGCUGUCGAUGUGGUGCUACGACAUCUACCCUCCAUGAAGUAUACUCCUGUUGGCCGUUCUUUUUUUUCUGCUCCUGAAGGAUAUGAUCACCCUCUGGGAGGAGGCCGAGAAGUAUGGUUUGGAUUCCAUCAGUCUGUUCGACCUGCCAUGUGGAAAAUGAUGCUUAAUAUUGAUGUUUCUGCCACUGCCUUCUACAAAGCACAACCUGUAAUUCAGUUCAUGUGUGAAGUCCUUGACAUUCAUAAUAUUGAUGAACAGCCAAGACCUCUCACUGAUUCUCAUCGGGUAAAAUUCACCAAAGAGAUAAAGGGUCUGAAGGUGGAAGUGACUCAUUGUGGAACAAUGAGGCGGAAAUAUCGUGUUUGUAAUGUAACAAGAAGACCCGCCAGUCAUCAAACCUUUCCUUUACAGUUAGAAAAUGGCCAAACUGUAGAAAGGACAGUAGCACAAUAUUUCAGAGAGAAGUACAACCUCCAACUGAAGUAUCCUCACCUUCCCUGUCUACAAGUGGGACAGGAGCAGAAGCAUACUUAUCUGCCUCUGGAAGUCUGUAAUAUUGUGGCAGGACAACGGUGCAUUAAGAAACUGACGGACAAUCAGACAUCCACCAUGAUCAAAGCAACAGCAAGAUCUGCUCCCGAUAGACAAGAGGAAAUUAGCAGAUUGGUGAGAAGUGCAAAUUAUGAUGCUGACCCAUUUGUUCAGGAGUUUCAGUUUAAAGUUCGAGAUGAAAUGGCCCAUGUAACGGGACGUGUACUUCCAGCUCCUAUGCUGCAGUACGGAGGACGGAAUCGAACAGUAGCAACUCCAAGCCAUGGAGUAUGGGACAUGAGAGGGAAACAGUUCCACACAGGUGUUGAGAUCAAAAUGUGGGCUAUAGCUUGUUUUGCAACUCAGAGGCAGUGCCGAGAAGAAAUAUUGAAGGGUUUCACAGACCAGCUCCGUAAGAUUUCCAAGGAUGCAGGGAUGCCCAUCCAGGGCCAGCCUUGUUUUUGUAAAUAUGCACAGGGUGCAGACAGCGUGGAGCCUAUGUUCCGUCAUCUCAAGAACACCUACUCAGGACUGCAGCUCAUCAUUGUUAUCCUACCUGGAAAGACACCUGUAUAUGCGGAAGUGAAGAGAGUAGGAGACACACUUUUGGGAAUGGCUACUCAGUGUGUUCAAGUCAAGAAUGUUAUAAAAACUUCUCCUCAGACCCUCUCAAACCUGUGCCUAAAGAUUAAUGUUAAACUAGGAGGAAUCAAUAAUAUUCUUGUACCUCAUCAAAGACCUUCUGUGUUCCAACAACCAGUGAUCUUUUUAGGAGCUGAUGUCACUCAUCCACCUGCUGGUGAUGGAAAAAAACCUUCAAUUGCUGCUGUUGUAGGCAGUAUGGAUGCCCACCCAAGCAGGUAUUGUGCCACAGUAAGAGUUCAAAGACCUCGACAGGAGAUCAUCCAAGAUUUGGCCUCCAUGGUCAGGGAACUUCUCAUCCAGUUCUAUAAGUCAACUCGGUUCAAGCCCACUCGCAUCAUCUUUUAUCGGGAUGGUGUUUCUGAGGGCCAGUUUCGGCAGGUGUUAUAUUAUGAGCUACUUGCAAUUCGAGAAGCCUGUAUCAGCUUGGAGAAGGACUACCAGCCUGGCAUCACCUACAUUGUGGUGCAGAAACGUCAUCACACACGGCUAUUUUGUGCUGACAGAACUGAAAGGGUUGGAAGAAGUGGAAACAUCCCAGCUGGAACCACAGUAGAUACAGAUAUUACUCACCCCUAUGAGUUUGAUUUUUACCUCUGUAGUCAUGCUGGAAUACAGGGUACCAGCCGUCCCUCACACUAUCAUGUUUUGUGGGAUGAUAACUGUUUUACUGCGGAUGAACUUCAGCUGCUAACUUACCAACUCUGCCACACAUAUGUGCGUUGCACUCGAUCUGUUUCGAUACCUGCACCAGCAUAUUAUGCUCACCUGGUAGCAUUCAGAGCCAGAUAUCAUCUUGUGGACAAAGAACAUGACAGUGCCGAAGGAAGUCAUGUUUCAGGACAAAGCAAUGGUAGAGACCCACAAGCUCUUGCCAAGGCUGUACAGAUUCACCAAGACACCUUACGCACAAUGUACUUUGCUUAAAAAAAUGGAGUCCAAGUAUAUUCAUUGAGGAAAAAACUGAAAAUGAAUUCACAUACAACGUAUGUUUCCAGUGGGGUCAGUUGAAAGGGCAUGCAUGCCUCCAGCCAUAGGGAGGCCAACACUAUGUGGGGGCCAGGGGCUUAUCCUCAAAUUGAUGCACGGAAGAUUGUUUACUUCAUCAAGGAACAUAGUACUAUUAUGCAAUAUGAAACCAGCCAACUGCUUUUUGUGCGGUCUCCUGAAGGAAGUAUCGCAAUCCAUUUUUUUCUUGUAGUUAAACCCUUCUAAUGCCUUUACCUCAAGUUGUUUGGCAGCACAACUAUCUUUGCAAAAAAAGAAAAAAUUAUGGUUUAACAAAUAUACACCUACAGGAAUAAUCAAAAUGAUUGCUCAAAACAAGUGUGCAAAAAGUACAAAAAGUGUGUAUACAUGUAUAAAGUGUCCAUGUGUGUAUUUUAAAAUAUGCACAUACAUACUUCCCAUAUGUGUGUGUAUGUUUGUGUGUGUGUGUGUGUAUGUAUGUAUCUGUCUGCAUAGAUACUAGAUAUAUGGCAGUGUAUAUAUUUUUAUACCCCACUCCAUUGGAGAGCAUUCUCUUUCCCUUUAUGCUCAUCACAUGCCUUUUCUUUUUCCUUCUCUCCACCUCAUCACCCUCAGUACUUUUUUUUUCUAAUGCUACCUGUAACAUUUGAGAACUCCUCUCUGCCACAUUUGAAUGUGCAGCAUUGGCUGACUAGAUUUUUUUUUUUUGCACACCCUCCUCAGUUUUGCUAGCUGCUGUCUGCAUGUCUUUAUACACUGAAAGUGCUUGUAUAUUGACAUGUGCCCUGAGCAUGUGUGUGGAUAGAUAUAUAUAUCUAUCCACACACAAAUGUGGAUUUUGUGUUUGCCAAUCUGCAAGAGGUCCACAGAAGCACUAGUAAUAACCUAAAUUAUUUUAGCUGUUGUUUUACCUUGUUAGAAGUUUUCACUGUGUUUCUCUGGUAAGCAGUAUGGAUUUUGAAGUCUCUUGCAUUUUACGAAUGGAAUACAGAUGGUCACCCUGGAAAGUAUUCCAAAAGGGUAGAUAUUUUAAAUAAUUGGAAAUCCAGAGUUGAGGUCUUCCUGAAGCAUGGGGAUGGAAGAAGGGUUGUUUUUUGUUUGUUUUGCUAAUUUACUUGCUGCCUCUCCUACCUUAAUGUGACUUUCAUAUAUAUAUAUGUGUGUGUGUGUGUGUGUAUACACACACACACACACACACACACACACACACAGAGUAUAUUGCAUGUGUGUGUGGAAACAUUUGUAUGCCUUUUGAAGUUUAGCUUCCUUUCUUAUGUAUUUAUUAGAGUAAUAAUGCUUUAAUUUAAUAAUUGUAGAUCAUAUUGGCCACAUCCUUUUUAGAAAUGUAAUCAUGUUUAUUUUAAGAACUGAUGCCUUGUUUUUGCUAUCUUGUAGUGCAAUAAGCUGUUCUAAAGGAAAGUUGUGUCUGCUUGGAUGUAUUGUAACAGCCUUUGUACCAUUCGCUGGGGGAGAGCAGCAUCUCCACGCUUUUAAAAGGGCAAAGUAUACCAAAAAAAAGCCUUAAUCUCAGAAAGAAAGUGUGUCAUCCACAGGCACAUGGGGAGCUUUCUGGGUAACCUCACAGGGAAGUGGAACCACCUGCAUUGGGGUGUGUGCUUCUCUAUUAGAAAUGAACCAGAACUUUGAGUUUUAAUAAAGGCCAGUGCACAGUUCAGUUUUCAGAACACACUGAAAUGCCUUCAAAAUGACCGAAUGUUUGGGUUGGUUUGGGCUGGGUUAGUUUUCAGGAAUCAUGUUUCCUUGUGCCUGUUUUCAUUUGACUGAAAUGAAUCAGGAAAACUUCCUAGUGAACUAAAAAUCCAGAGGCACUUUUUUGCUUAAUCAUUGUUAAAAAUUCCCUUUAAAAUUAGGGUGUUGGUGACUUAAAUGCUUCAUUUCACUUUAUAAAUACAGACUAAGGGCUGGGAUAUAAUAUAAGUAAGUUAAAUCACUGAGAUGUAAAAUUUCACAAAGCUCUUAAUACCUUUAUUCCACUUUAAAAUGAAGAAAGGACUUAUAAAGCUGUCAGAAUUGAGCGUUCAAUAAUAGGAAAUCAGGAAUCAUGCACUUUGUAAUUCUUGAGAAGUAUUUUUAACUGUGUUGUUUGCACUGGUUCAAAGUAUCACUACUGCUGGUAGUUGAUAAUGGGCAUUGCUGUUAUCCCAGCCCUUUAGAAUCCCACCUAUUCUCCACAUGAAAACCAAUAAGUUUAGUUCUUUAGUUUGUUUCUUAUACAUAACCCACUUAUUGCCAAUUUACUGUAUCUUGAGCCUAAAAUCUGAGCCUGUUUGCUCCAACAGGCAUAAAUCUCUUUUUAUUCUAGAAAAUUGAAAAAGUACUGUAUUUGGUGCAGCAUUUCUAUGUUGUAUUGAAAUGUAUGUAGUGCUAUUCACAACAUCUUCAAGAACUUUACAGUGUAGUUGGCUGAGGGUGGUGGUUAGGGUUGCAGCCGGAGAGGGGGUGAUAAUACCUCUAUUUUCUCCCCAUUUUCCCAAGAAAAAUGUAUACUGCAAAGAUAGGAAUUUUUAGUAAUUAAACUUGCACUGGAUGUGGUCGUGUGGGUAGACAAUAGAAGGAAACACAACAGACCUCUAAGUGAUAAAGGGCCAGAUUUCUCUAUGGCUGCUAUAUAUUUCCUUUUGUUAAGUGGGAAGAAACUCUAGUUUCUUAAGUAAGCAAUGUAAAUAUCCCCCAUUUACAGGGAAGAUACUUCUCAGUACCUUACAGAAAACCUGCUUUAGGAGACCCUUGUUUUAAAUCUUUUGGAAGCAUUUUUUUAGAGAAAAAUAAAUAAAUGUAAAUGUUCACUUUCUGAGUAAUUCUUUUUGAGAGUGCACUGAUUCUUCAUAACAAUGCUAGUUCCACAUCUAUUGGCUUGAUUGAAGGAAAAAUCCGCUUCUAUUUUGCAUACUAAAAAUUAUGAUUGGAAAUAUAAUUUCAGUCAACAUUAGGGUUUGAAGAUGCUGAGUCCAAGUUGCAUAUUUUUUUUUUGCAAUUGGGUUAAGCACUUAUUAUUGCAUCUUGGUACAUAAUAUUUAACCUUUUUGAUUGUUUUUUAAAAAGAAAUGUUCCUGAGACACUGUAUACUUCCCUUUCUGCCCUUAGUAUCUGCAUGUGCUUUUAAAUUUGUUUGCUACUUUAAAUAUUUUUUUCUUUUUGUUUAAUUUGAAAGUUGUUUUAAAAUGUUAGCCCUAUUAGCAGGAAUAAUUGGUUUUCAUGUGAAGAGAAAAUUGGGAGUUGAAUGCAAAUAUGCCAAUGUUCAUUUUUGCAUUCCAAUUUUAAGUUUCAGGCAUUUUGGGCCAAACAUUUUUGUGAUAUUAUAGCUGCUAUAUUUAUUUAAACAGAGACGGUUAACUUAACUGCACUAGAGAAUGAGGAGGUGGGCAAGAUUCAAGGCUUGGUAUUUGAAACCAGGUAUCUUUUUCCCCUCUAAAGAAAAAUCAGUGGAAUGGAAAUCAAGCAUAAUGAUAAAUGCUGUCACUUUAGCUAAGAUUAAAUAUCUUCAUUUUCCUUUAUUUAAAACAUUUGUAUUUUUCAUCUUUCCCUUUUGGAAAAAGGGCAGGUCAUUUUCAGUGGUAGUUGAUGACAUGUUUUUGUUUUUGUUUUUAUUGGAGUCCCUGGAUUUCUUUUGUUGUUUUUCUUUUUAAGGAGAAAUUCAGAAUUUUUUUUAGAAUACUUCUAUGGAAAUAUUCUUGAUCACAAUAUAAGUAAUCAUUUUCUUUUCUAAGGAAAUAGUCCAGGAAUGGUGUUAUUAGCAAGGAUGGACAGCUUUGACAGGUAUGUGAACACAGCUCACCCCCACUUCCUGGAAUUAUCAUCUCUAGCCAUUUCAUAACCUGGACCAGUUUGCCUAGCUUUACAGACUGUUGAAUCCUCUGCCCUCCUAUUCAUUUCUACAACUGGACUGAUAGUUGACAAUUUAGCUUCAGUUAGAGAUAAGAAAAUAUCCAGGAAAACAAAAGUCAGUUAUAGUGUUGUAGAGGCGCUGGCAAAAGGGCUUCUUGAUGAGGAGAGGGAUGAGAAUACAGUAGAGCACCAGACAAAUGGCUUGAGUGAGUGAGGGACCAUUGUCUGACAAAUACAAAAUUGUAGUUCUUUUCAGAAGACAAUGUGACCUUGCAAAGAAUGAUUGUUUUUAUGUUACUUAGACUCAAGAAGUUUGAGCUUUGGGUCUAAUUUUUCAAAGAAACCAGCUAGAUUUUUGAUAUUUGUGUUUUUGUUUAUCUGGGAUAAAGUUUGGAGGGCAGGAGGUGGUAACUAACAUUUGCCAAUGUGCUCAACUAACAACUCCCUAAUGUGGCCUUUUUACUGUGAGUCAUUAGGCUGAUCUUAAACAUUUGUUAAUCAAUUCCUUUCUGAUACUAUUGGUAUAUACUUUGAGGACUGAUAACACAUAAAAGGAGUUUUUACAAUGGGUUCUGAUUUUUUCAUCUAUAGCCAGAUGUCAUUAAUCUGGCAUACUUUCCUUUGUGUGAAUCAUAAAUCUUUAGAUGACACCUGUCACACAUGAAUAAUUAGAAUCUAAUUCUCUUAUUGAGAUUUUGUUUUAUUGUGGGGUUUUGUUGUUUCGUUUUUUGUGAAUUACUUGGAUUCAUAGAAUUCCCAUGUUUAACAAGUGGGAGAUUUUGUUUCAAGAUGUGAAGUCAUAUGUUUCAGUGUAUCUUAAGACCUGACACCCCUAUGAACUUGCUUCUAUAUAUAUAUACACGUGUGUGUUCUCUGACUCUUACAGUGUUAACAAAAGUGAUGGAGGUAUAGUAAAAGUAUAUACCCUACCCACACUUUCCUCACUUUUAAUAACCCUGGAGGAGUCAGAAAAGAAAUGAGAAAGUGUAUUUAUAUGUGUGUGUGUGUGUGUGUGUAUAUAUAUAUAUCCUAUAUAAUUCAAAUGUAAAAUUAACUAAAGGAAAUAUGAGAGGGUUUUCCCCUCAUCCCAUUUCCAAGGACAUUUGCUCAAUCACUAUAUUGGUGACAUUUGUCUUUUUUCAGUGGCCAAAUUGCCUAAUGGGGCAAAUUCUAGAUUGUUUUCUUACUCAAAAAUGGUAAUUUAAAAGUUAUUCAGGUUUAGUGUAAAACUUCACAUUGAAAAAAAAAUAACCCUGAAUUGACUAUUUAGUAAUACUGACACUUUAGUGAUCAAAGCUUGUGCAAAUAUCCUGUUUGUAACUUUGCCUGGUAUAUUUCAGAUCUCAAAUUUUUGCUUAGCUAUCUAGAGAAGUCUUUACUUCUAAAAUACCAAAAAUAAACAUUUUAAUAUUGGGUGAAAGCAAAAGAAUACCAGUUAUAGGACAUGAAAAAGCAUAGAAUCACCCAAAGAAAUGCUAUUUUGAACUAUCUGUUCUAAGAAUACCUAUCAUUAUAUAUACCUAGCUAUGUGUUUUUUUCUGUUUGAGUAUUUUAUUUUGCAAAUCCCCAGAUUAAAACAUUGAUUUUUUUUUUUAGCAAGACUGUCCUCAGGAUGUGCCUUUUCCAGGAGAUGGUGCUGUCAAAUUUUAUUCUCAGUGAUUAUGUGGCUACAAGAACAGUUAUUUUUAAAUGCCAAGCGUUUUACCCGAGUUCCUAUAAAAUCAUUGUUUCUCUCAGGAUUAAGAUAAACUAAGGAAAAUAUGUUUUGUGUGUUUGUUUUUUGGUUCUCUCCAGUAAAAAGAAAUUCUGGAAGAAUGCUCACCAAAAAAUUUGUGGAACUAACCUUUUCAGUUCUUGGUGUCAUUGGAGGCCAAAGGCAUGGUGGUUUUUAGAACAAUAAAACUUCCAGACCUUUUUACAAAAUUGUAAUUCACUUGAGUAUGGAAGAAAAUACCCAAAGGUGAGAAAUUACCUGCCUGGGGCCAUACAUCACCAGUAAUGUCUCUUCUCUUUUAAUGCAAAGCUUGGCCCUUCUCUCAUCUUUAUCAUGAAAAACUUCAUAGAAGAGGAAGGCCAGUGACUUUGGCAAAAGGGAAUAAGCAAAACUGAAUCUUUUGUCUCCAUCUUUAAAUGUUGACCAUGUCAGGCAUAUUUUCCCCUCAGGCACUGAGAAGAAUCCUUAUCAUUUCUAGAAUAAAGAAAGCAGUGGCAAAUCAUGCUUAAGGAGUGUUAAUCUCAGUAACAAGUGUUUUUAGAAAUCUGACCCCAAAAUGUGGAUAAGAAAGGAUAUUAUGCUAGAGUCCUACAUUUUAACUAAAUUGUCCCACUAAAAACUUUUGGGUUUUUUCCUAGCAUAGGAGGCAAACAAACAGCAGGAUGUGUAUGUGUGUGACCGGUUCUUGUCUCUGAGCAGUACCAGUUUUCACUGGCUUUCAUGUGCUUUCUGCCUGAAUAGAUUGAAUCUUGAAAGCUAUGUCACAUCAUACUAAUAAUAAGUAAAGUUUGGCUUUGAUUUCAUUAUAAUACCUGUGUGUGACUGUUGCCAUUGAAAAGGGAUUUAUUUUGGUUUUGAAGGACCUGGAUUCACAUUCUAGCCCUGCUUCCUCCUCUCUGUGUCACCAUUGGCUCUUUAACCUCUCUGAGCUUGAGCUUCCUCAUCUGAAAAGUAAGAGGGUUGAGCUAAGUGAGCCUUUUCAGUAUGACCCUAUGACCUUUUGAAUUAUACACGUCUGUGUUUCUGUAUACAUACAUCACACAUACACAGAAGCAGUCGCCUUAGCCCACUUCUGAUUCAUAUUGGCUGUGUGUCUUUGGGCAAGUGAUCUCUUGGUUAUGUGAUAUCAAACUGAAAUAGAAACAGAUCCCCUACAAGCCAUGUGUUGUUGGAAAACCAAAAAAUUCAUACCAUGUUGUUUCGUUUUUUUAUUUUGUUGGACAUUUCCUAAUUAAUGUUUUAAUCUGGUUUUGGCAUCAAAACCUCUGCUCUAAGAUAACAGACUAAAUAGCCUUAGAAGGUGCUGAGCUACAUUAGUAAAAGAAGUUCCUUCCCUUAGGACUUCCUUAUUCUGGUAAAAUCACAAGUCCAGUUCUUAUCCCUCUGCAAAUUAUCUAGCAUCCCUUUGUUAUAUGGAACCAUUUUUAUAAUGGUCUUAAGAGCAAUCAUGAGCUUUUUAUUGUGGCAUUUCUGUUUACUGACAAUAUCUGUGCACCUUAUAUAUUUAGCCUGGAUGUUACUUUUUAAAGACUUUUACUGAAGAAAUACUUUACUAAAGAAAUUUUCAGCUUUAGCUUCCUCUUCUCAUGAUAGAUGUAAUCAGAUGCAGAGUAAUUAAGAUAUCAACCAAACUGCUUAAAUUUCAUUCAGUUUAUAGUUUGGAUUUUAGUCCACAAAUCCAUAAUCCCUUUUUGUUGUCAUCUUUAAUUCUGUUAAUACCAGGCUGGGCAUUAAAAAUAGUGAAGAGGUGAAUUUCUUUUAUGGUAGUGGCUUUUUCAUGUCUAGCCACUCGAGCCAAGGUUAUUUCUUCAACUUAGACCUCAGACAGCAAACUUUAUCACUGAUAAAGUAGAUUGACUUAAUCUGGAAGUUUACCUACCAGAAUGGUCAUAACUUUUCUUUCUCAAAUUCAGUUCGAAAUUAUCUACAACAGAGUAAUUAAUCUCUUUUGAAAUUAUGAAAGAAUUUUACAAAUUCAGUCAAGGGGAACAACCAGGUGAUCUAAUGUAGCAGAUACUUAUCAUUGGAAUUCAUUAUAUAGUGGUUCCCCACCACCACCAAAGAUUUGCCCUUCACAUUGUUCUGUGUUUUAUUCCCUGAGUUGUCGGUAUUGAAGGCAUGGUGGCUGUGGACAUAACACAUAUUUUUUUAAAUUCCUGUGGUUGUGAGCCGACGAUGUUACCUCACUAAUUUGAAUUAAUGGGAGGAAAGGCUAGUAAGAAUCAAACACAAAUAUAUCUGAAUUGUUACUUCAGAGAUACAUAUAUAUAUAUUAAUGCAGAAUGUUGCCAUCUGUAUUUUUUCCCUUAAAUUUUUUCCAUUAUAUUUAAUUCUCUUUAAUGCAAACACUGUUAGAACAUUUUCCCCUUCCCAGACCCCUAAUACUGCCUAACUAAUAUGACUUUGCCAAAGUUUGUUUAUCUUUAAUGUACCUUUUUUUAAGGCCCUAUACCUUUUACCAGUUCUACAUAAUAAGGAUAUUUUUUCUCUUAGUGUAUAUUUUGAUAUAUUAGACUUUUCCUAAGUACAUUUAUACUUUGUAGUCAGUUUGUAGUAAACCUACGUGUUUCUCAUAAAUCCAAUAUAGACCUGGAUUUUUAUGGCUGCUAUAGAGAAAUCUCUCCCUUCUGGAAGGAAUGGGCCUCAUGGAAGGAAGGAAGCUCAUGUUGCCUUUUGACUUAGGUUAUUAAAUCCCGGACUCAAGUUCUCUAAUACUAGAGCUAAAGAAGUAAAAAAGCAUAGUGAUUGUUGAAUUGUUAGGGCCUGUUUUUCAUCCAAGUGUUGAAAAGAUGGAUCAGCAAAGAGCUGCCAUGAACAAUGUUAAGAGAAAGAAACAUAAGGAUAUUCAGACUUGCUGAGAGGAGCAAGGUUUUCUCCUAAUAGAGAAAUGACUCUGUGUGUGUGUGUGUGUGUGUGUGUGUGUGUGUGUGUUUAUGUAAUUUUCCAUUUAAAUGGAGCUGCUUUCGGAUUAAGUAAGGAGGAUUACUUUGGCCUUCAGCAUAUCUCCACAAAGUGAAUGGAAUGUCUCUUAUUAUCCUUUUAAAAAUAUUUUCAAAACCAAAGAAGGGAACAAAAACAUUGUAAAUGUAUCUAGCAUCCCUUUGUUAUAUGGAACCUGUGGAGGCAACUGAUAUCUGUGUAAAUAAAUGGGUGAGUGGAAUUAAAGAAAAGCACCCAAAUUUGUUUUGCCUUGGCUGAAACUUUGAAGUUGUUUAAUGUUUCUCAGUCACUCAGAGUGGGCUACUCUUGGGUGUUUGAACAGUACUUGGAGAAGUUCAUAGUAAAGAAGGAGAACAUACCAAGUGAAUAAGGAAGGAGAAUAUAACCUGAGGAAAUGACAGUGGAAACUCAGUUUGGAUUCUGGAUCAUUGCUUUACUUUCUAGUUGAGAUUGUUUAUAGAAUUUGUUAGCAGAAUAAAGUUAAUUUUUUAUUAUUAUAUAUUGAUGUGUAUGGUGGUAGUGUCACUACAAACCUCUACUUAAACUCUCCCUUUAAGAGACUAAACUGAAACACUAAUCAAGCCUCUCCUGCCAUGGAGAGUUUUUUCCUAUGGAUAAAAUACAGCUUUUGCUAAGUGGUAGGGACAAAAUUUGCAAAUAAGUUUUGAUUGGGGGGGGGGGGGGAUAUAUUUGGCGAUAGCUUUGUUAAGUGGAAUUUAAGGUAUCCAUGAAUUUUAUCUGUGAAGUUACUUCCUUAGUUGAAACAUGGGAUCACAACUCUUGUACAUCUUAGAUCAUUUUCAUGAAUUGCUAUGACUGAAAAAGUUACCUACUGGCCAACCUACCAAUGCUGAGCCUCUCUGCAUUUAGCUAGGCUGAGAUUCAGACACCAGACACAGGCUGUCACCAGUCCUCUACAGAAAUCUUUUCUAGCUUGUUAGGACUGAAUAGAGUUUGGGUUCUAGUAGAGUGCAUAGUCUCCAAGAGCCCUAGUCACUUCUGCACUACAGUGAGGCACCAGGGAUUGAAGAAGAACUUCAGUGGAGGAAUAUAAAAUUAAAAAUGUAAAGUUCACUCAGUCCCAAGGAGUUGUUAGCUGCAGGGCAGGGAGCAAAGUAUAACCAAUAGUUCAACUGUUCAGGGAAUUCAUAAGAUCUUUGUUCUUAACGAGAUUUUUUUUUUCAAAAUCUCUGAACUUUUUUUGGUGAUAAACCUUAGUAGAACUGUGUGCCUUUUUUUUAGCUGAUAAUAAGAACCAGGGUUCACACAGAGGUCUCCAUUCAUAUAUUCCCACACUGUAAAAUUUCCCUGAAUCUUUAAUAACUUCAAGAAUGAUUUCUGAGCCCAGAAUGUCUUAAAUUAAUUGUAUUUUCUCACACAUACAUAUGCAUUUUUAUUUUUUAAAGUGCUAUGGCUUAUUUGUUCCCUCUCCCCCCUCCAUUUAAGUUCCUCCUACCUUUAACUUUCCACAAAAAAUUCAUUUACAUAGACCUUAAUGUUAGAUAAGAUGGGAAGAAACUUUAAAAAAUAAGCCAUGGUAGAUCAUUAAAAUGCCAUGAAUUACACCUUAGUUGGUAAGCUUUUAGCACUUUUUUAAAAGCUUUUUGUUACUCUAAAUUGGACAAACACCAGCAAAUAUGUGUAUUUGUAUAUACAAAGAACAACAAGAAAAGAGGAUUGUCCCUGCAAGUACAAAUCUCUAUUAAUCAUUUAGCACUUUAAUAUUUUUUUUAAUUUACUAAACUAUAGUUUCUUCACUUUUUCUUUAUUGUAUUCUGUUUAAAGAUUUACCCAACCUGGAUGCCAAGCUUCUGAACUGUGAUGCAUUCAGUUCUUUUGUAUCAUAUAAUUCAUCUUAGAAUCCAAAAUUAUUCUUGCCAUUGUGUUCCAUUUCCUUCUCUGCCCCAUACACACAAUUCUAGUUCAAUUUUUUUGCUAGUAAUUGGGCAGUAAUGCUGAUUAUUAAAAAGAGCAUAUUGUAUUUGGAAUGCAUAUAUAAUAGCAAAGUGGUAUAAAAACAUUUCCUCCUUUAUUUACCAUUUAAUUUACCAUCUUCAAAGAAGUGGUGUUUACUAAUUUUCUUUUAAUUCAUCUAUGAAUUCAUUCUUUGAUUUCGCCAGUGUACCACCAGUAUAUGUCUUUUCUUAAUCUAGAAAAAUAUAUCUUUUACUUUUACAUCAGCAUAUCACCUAGGACAUGGAUUAGGCCAAACUUGAGGAAGGACCUAUUUUUAAUUCAGAGACUAGAGAAGCUAAAGAAAACCAGCCUCCUAUACAAAAGAUCCCAUUCUUUCCUCUUAAUUCUUCUAUGUAGUCAUUUUUUUAUUUCACCAGUAAGUACAUCUUUUCUUAAUCUAGUAAAACAGUAUAUGUCUUUUAUUUUUUUCACCAUUACCUAAGGGGCCAUGGGCUAAGCUAAAUGUGAAAAGGAAGCAUUUUCAAACACAGAGACCAAAAGAAGCUGUAAUAAAGGCUGUUGUUGGCCUUCAAAAAAUAGAGCAACUUGACUGGGAGUUGGAAAGUCUAGCCUUGUUGCUGGGUCCCAGCUCUGCCACUGAAUUGCUGUGUCCUUACAAGUUCCUUAACCACUGUGCCUCUAUUUCCUCUUAAGUAAAAUGGUUGUAAAUAAUACCAGCCCCUCCCUACCUCACAGAAGUAUUGUGAGAAUAAGAUAACUUGUACAAGUUUGUAACCCAAAAUAGUAGCAGAGUGGUCCUGUGUAGAUGAUCUCUUUCCAGUUUGCCUCUGUGUGAAAGUGUCUUUAAUAGAUUGAUUUCAAAAAAGCAGGAUCAGAGAAACCCAGGGUUCACUUGCGGAUGUGUCCAGUUCUAUCCCUCUCUCCUAGGGCCUCGGUGCAGAAGACAGAACGUUCUCGAUCGUUCUUGACAAGUGACUCAAAAAAAUUAAACUCAUUUAAGUGGUGCUAUGGUAACUGAAGUAUUUUGAGUAGUUUCCACGAGGAAGCCAUAACAUUAGCAGCCUUUUUAACUUCAGGUAAUUUUUUUUUUCUUUUUGCAUCUGGAGCUAUUUGAGCUUUGUGUGCACAGUUAUAUUGCCUUGCUGGUUUUACUUUUUUCACUUUUUUGCUCCUUGAGUGUUUGGGGGGUGGGGCACGUUAUUUUAAAGAGGAAAGUGUACUUAUUUCACUGAAAGUAGCUUUGCCACAGGAGCCUGGUAGCUCCCAGGACUAAGGCCCUUGCUGAUGCAUGCUAGAACAAUGGUACUUUUUCCGUCUCUCUCCAAUUCCACAGAACCUGCGGAUCUUACUAGAAAUCCUAUUUGUGUCUAACCCAGUUUCCCAUUAUAUGGUGGUUAUGGGGGCUGAGAAUACUCCCUGAAUUUUUGAUGACAGCUCUAUUUCCCUAUUGCAGGUUACAUCCCUUGGUAAAAACAGUUUGCCAUAGAGCAGCAAGGCAGAUAAUAGACGUCUUGUUGCAACAGUGUAGGGUUUUUUAAGAGUACAUUUUGGGUACACAGGGUAUAGAUUCAUUUACUAGCUAAUUUUAUAUAUAUUUCUAUAAAUAUGUACGUGUUAUUUAUGUGUGUGUAUGGAAGGGGGGGUGCAAGCAUCUAUAUCCACGCACACACACCAUGCACACACACACACACAUCCCCAUAGCUCUUGGUACAAGCAGUUGGGAUUUCCCAGUAAAUGCUAAUCAGAAAAAGGUGGCAUUUGUCCUUGCUAUGUUAGGGUACUUCCAGUUCUGAACAGCAGAAGUAAAUUAUGCCUGUAGAAAGAAAACCAAACAACUUUACAUGAUUUCUCUUGAUCAAGAGCACUGUCUUUACCUUGUAACAAAUAUUUAUUGAAAGGAUUUUCAUUAUAACAGAGCUUUAACAUUUCUUUAUCCAGUUAUGGACCCGCAAAAGUAUUAAUAUAGUAGGUGAGCUUGCUAUGAAAAGACUUCCAGAUCAUAGGCUUUGGAAAGUAGUGUUUUGGAUAUGUGUGUGUGUCUAUAAAUAUAUGUAUAAUGUAACUCUGUUUUUCUGAAAAAUCUGUAGAGAGAAAAUGUGCUCAGUGCUUUCUAGGAUUAAACCACUCCAGUGGACCAAGAGUACAUUUCUAUUCCCUGUACACACACUCCAUUAGCAUCACUGACCCUUCCACUGCUGCUCUGGGCAAGUAAUGGCAAAUGUAUCCUUUUACAAGAGUCUUUCUCAGGAGCAAGUAUAAAGGUGGGCAUUGAAGGGAUGGGGCAGCACAAAGAUCUACCAAAAAAAAAGUUUCCACUGUAACCAUCUUGACCAUGUGUGCCUAACUGUGUUGCUGAUGUAAACUAUUAUUUGGGGUUUGGGGGAAGGGUGUGGGGUAUUGGUUGGUAUGUUCUCAGUCUCUUUUCUUAAUGUUUUCAAGCUUCUUUCUUAUACUAUCUGUAAUUGCCAAAAAUUUCUAUCAAUAACCAAGUUUCAAUUUUCAGGAUGGAAAAUGAUAGGACUCUGAAACUGGCUUCCCUAUUUUCACUGCUUUUUGCCUUUGCACCAGGCCUGUCCUUGUUUCUUUAGUCACUAAAGCAUGUCUAUGUGGACACUUCUAAAAAAAUGAUCAGGCAAUCUGUUAGCUUCCCUCUAGUCAUUUAGACCAUGUGAUUUUGAAGUGCUUUUGUCUUCUUGGUUAAUGUAUGGAGUUAGACCUGGAUAUAUAUAACCAAAUGAGAUCUUUGAUAACCAGCUAACAGGAUGGCCAGAUUUUUCUAAAAGGAAAUUAGAACUUUUCAGUAAUGGUUCAGCUACACCCUAGAGGGAGAACAAUGGGGCAGAAGAAUGUUAAGAUGAAAUCGCUGAAUCCCUGAAUUAACCCUAAUAAGCACAGGGUUUAUAGAUUGCAUCUUACCUGGGGUUCUCCAGUACCAGUGUCACUGAGAACAAUCAUCACCUCACUGUCCUUGAGACCACCAGGUGAUUAUCCAUUUUGACCUUCUGAGACUGAAUAAAAGCGGUAAUUAAAUUUAAUAGUCAAUGUUCUCCCUUAAAUUAUUUUCUUGAUGAUAAUAUAUAUAUUCCAAAGAACCCACGGUUUCAAAUGAGAAAUCCGGGGAAAGUAUUUGGGGUGGGUUUUGCUUUAGUUUCUUAAUGUCACUACAAGUGCUUUCUUUCAAGAACCAGUCAUGUUAAUUCUUUUCUGAGCCAAACUGUCAUCAAAAUUGUCUGUGAUCGAUCCUUUCUUCCCUCUCUGCCUCAGAGCUGUAUACUGGAAGGAUUCUUUGUUGUAUUUGUUUUUACAAAUUUUUUUUAAUCUUUUGGUUUGUGUUGCUCUGCUUCAGUUUGAAGUGUAACUUUCACUACUACAAUAAAAAAAAAAAAGCUUUGCUCCAAA